GACUAGUCCCAUCUUGCCAAUUGAUAGUAUUUCUUAUGACCCUCGUAUUGUUCUUAGCAACGCCAAUGCACCUAGCACAAGAGACAUAAGUAGGCCAUACCAAUCAUAGUGGCAGCUAGAGGGUAGCUAUCUUGGCAGGCGGAGGUAGUAGUUAUGUUCGAACUGCACAGUCCCCCGGCACCUAACGUAGCUAACACAUACCGAUCAAUGGCAGCGUCUCCCAACGACGAAGACAUGGCCGAGCUCGUGAUCCCCUCGCUUCCAGUGGAGACGCGGUGCCCGCCGUUCCCGCUCAGGCAGUACAACGGCUUCUGGAUACCUGAGCCCAUCCUUCCAGGCGUCACGGCUGCCCGUGCCCGGUUUGAGCCAAGACCAUCGGACGUCUUCCUCGCCAGCGUCCCCAAGUCCGGCACGACCUGGCUCAAGGCUCUCGCCUUAGCCACGCUCAACCGGGCCAAGCACCCGCCGUGCGAUCCCGACCACCCGCUCCGCCAUCGCAACCCGCAUGACUGCGUCGAGUUCCUGGAGGCGCCCGUCGCGUGGUCGAAGGACGGCGGCGGCGGCGUCUUCGCUGCCCUCCCUUCGCCGCGCGUGAUUGCCACCCACUUGCCUUGCUCCCUCCUGCCGGGGGGAAUCACGGAGGAAGAAGGCUCUGGAGGCCGGAUCGUGUACAUCUGCCGAGACCCCAAGGACACGCUGGUGUCGACGUGGCUGUACAUCAAGAAGAUGGUGGCUUUUGCCGGAGCUAGAGCCAACGAUGAUGAUGGCAAGCUAUUGGUGCCACGGCCAACAUCGUUCACGAUUGAGGAGGCUUUCGAGCUCUUCUGUGACGGCCGGUGCGUCUGCGGCCCGCAGUGGCGCCAUGUCGGCGGGUAUUGGGAGGAGAGCAAGAGGCGGCCAGAGAAGGUGCUUUUCCUCCGGUACGAGGAGAUGCUUGAAGACCCCAUGGGCAACGUGAGGAAGCUGGCGGAGUUCAUGGGAUGCGCGUUCUCUGCUGAGGAGGAGGAGGCAGGGGUGGUGCGACACAUUGUCGAGCUCUGCAGCCUUGAUGUGUUGAAGGACAUGGAGGUGAACAAGAGUGGCACCCAGGGAUAUGUCAAGAACGAGUCUUUCUUUCGCAAGGGUGUGGCUGGAGACUGGAGCAACCACAUGACGCCGGCCAUGGCGGCACGGCUGGACAAGAUCGUCAAGGAUGAGCUGCAUGGGUCAGGGUUCAGGUUUGCUGUCGCCGUGUCCAGAUGCCCACCGGCGGAGAAGAACCACUCAACGACCUGAUCGAUCAUGAACACGCGGUGACCUUAAACAAGAAACCAUGUGCUCCCUCCGUCCCAUGUACUCCCUCCGUCCAACAAAGGAUGUCUCAAUUUUGAUCAAAUUUGAAUGCAUUUAUACACUAAGUCAUGUCUAGAUGCAUCCAAAUUUUGAUAACCUUGAGACAUCUUUUGUUGGACAGAGAGAGUAUGUUGUAUUGCAAAACUUGGGAUCCCUGGACAUAGAUGAUGUACCUUUAAAGUUAUGAUCAGUUUUUUUUUCGAAAA